AUGGCGGGUAGCCAACGAGCAUCUACGAUCUCCGAUGAUCCCCUCAUACACACGCUAGAGUACACUGUCGUCGGAGCUAGCUCUCACGCGAACCCAUACCGCCCUGAGCGAAUCCUGGAAGACAAUCCUAAUGACCCUGCUAGUCGAUGGAGUGCAGAGGUCAAGAGUCCUGGGAAGACUUGGAUAGUGCUAAAACUCAAGUUCCCAAGCCUACUUGCUUCGAUCACGUUCAGGAAGUAUUAUAAACCCCACCCAUGUAACCUCAACGAAUUUGAGGUGUGGACCGGCUCUUCUCAGGAUCGAUUCCAAAUCCAGUUGCGAGACAAGUUGAAAGAUAACGAUGAGGCGGAAAUAUUUUUUCUGCACAAUGAGGAGGGCAGUCACUCUCUUCCUAGCGUACCAUGCCAAUUCGUCAAGAUUGUUCCACUGUCAUCCCAUGCGCCAAAGUUCAAUGCCAGUAUAUGGAAUGUUGUUCUUCGCGGUAUUGAUGAUGCUGGUCGAAUCCAGGAGUUGAAUACUGCACUGCAGGAAACAAAAGAACGUGAAAGUAUGCGAAUUGUCAUGAAGUUUCUGCGACAGCGAGGUCUCGAAGAUGCGACUUCUCGUAUCCAAAAAGCCACGCGUGUUCCGCUCGAAGAUCCCGUGAUGUCGCGGCUCUACAGCACUGUGGUCAAUGACAUGGACUACGAAGCUGCAGAGCUCGUUGUUGAAGAUAUUGCUGCUAAGGGUGGCUUCAGUUCAUGUCUCAGAUCGUCCAAUCCACGUGCUCUGUGGCGAAAACUCGAUCCAGCUUCGAAGACUGGCACCUCCAGCAUCCCUUGCCCUCGCAGAGGGCAUGCCAUAGUGCUAGGGCCCAACCAACACAUAUAUCUUCUUGGAGGAUGUAAUGGUACAACGGAACUCUCCGACUUCUGGCGUUUCGACAUCGUGACUCAGCAAUGGCAUCUAAUAAGCGCGGACACCCAUAAGGAGAGUGGACCUGGAGCGAGAGCUGGCCAUACGAUGAAUUUCGACCCUCGUACAGGCAGCAUCUUUGUUUUCGGACGGCAUGUUGACGUAAAUCGCUGUUCCGAGAUGAAGAAGGAUGCUGAGCAAGCUAGCGAUGUGUCCGUCCCCCCUGAUUUCUUCCGAUACACGCACUGCCGAUAUAAGAAGGCUACAUGGGAAAGGCUUAGCAUGGACACGUUGGCGGACGGCGGCCCUGGUCUCUUAUCCGGCCAUCGCACAGUGAUUGACAGCGAUUCGCAAAUGUUGUACGUGUUUGGGGGGAAGAUCUCUGCUAAGCAGCGAGCACCUAUUUAUUCGGGACUGUAUCGGUAUGACAUCGCAGCACGGACGUGGAAAAUGAUAUUCGACGAUAAGAUUCGAGGGGGCCCACUCCUGUCGCGAACGGAUCACGGUCUGGUAUUUGAUUCCAGUGUUAGGACCUUGUGUACGUUUGGUGGCACUCGUGACGGGGCUCAACUGGCCGACAUAUGGACGAUAAGAUUGUCGUCCGGAGAAGCAAGCCCUGCGAUUGAAAGCAUGUCCAAGCUUCCCAUGGCUCCUGGCGUAUGCCAAGCAAGCAUCCUGCACGGGGACAUCGGCGAAAUACGAGUAUUUGUUCCCCCACGCUCUGCCAGCCGCGUCCCAAGUGUCUGGAGUUUAGGAGACAGUUGGGAAACUUGGCGAGUGUUGGAGACAGAAGUCGAGGACGCAACCCUCUUAUCGACCAGACCGACGGAUUCUUCCCAGUCGGCGUGCAAAGGGAUCCAGCAGGGCACCUUCGAUGUGGUAUAUGAUGGAGAAUCGAACCGGCACUACCUGUUCGGGAAUGAUGGGCUAUGGAGCAUGAACCUGCGAAGCCCUUCUUCUGAUGAAGCGAUCCGAAAAUGUCGUUUCAUACUACGAAAACAACGGCAAGCGGUGUCUGACGUACCUCACACAAAUGCUAAGUCCGACUUUGCGUAG